AUGGCAGCUGUCCAUGUUAUUGAAGAAGAUUCGCAAUUUCAGCCAAAAGUUGACAGUGCAAAUCAAAAACUUGUCGUAGUUGAUUUCAAUGCGUCAUGGUGUGGACCAUGCCGCACAAUAGCUCCUAUUUUUGCUCAGUUGGCUGGUAGUCAUCCCAAUGCACUUUUCCUAAAGGUUGACGUUGACGCAUGUACGGAGACUGCACAGAGGUACAGCGUCACGGCCAUGCCAACAUUCAUCUUCCUGAAAGGCGGGGUUCAGAUCGAUAUGCUGAAAGGAGCGGAUCCAGCGGCGCUGACGGCGAAGGUCAAAGAACACUAUGUUGCUGGGGAUGAUGGCGAUGAAGGAUCAGGUGUUCCAGGAUAUAUUGAGUUGAACAACAUGAUAGAUAAACAGGAUACAGAAUGCCUGAAUGAGAGUGAUGAUCAUCACCUCGAUGGAUGCCUCAAGAAAGGAGAUAGCUACUUAGAAUCAGACUGCGAUGAACAGCUCAUAAUUAAGAUGUCCUUUCAACAAAAUGUGAAACUCCAUUCCUUAAAACUUUUGGGGCCAAGCACCAACGGUCCAAAGGUCGUCAAACUUUUCAUCAAUCAACCACAGACGUUAGACUUUGAUGCCGCAGAAAGGAUGGAACCUAUACAAAAGAUUAUAUUAACACCAGAACAGCUUGCAGGUGAAGUAGUUCCACUGAGAUUUGUCAAGUUUCAGAAUGUACAUGAUGUAACCGUUUUUGUAUUGGAUAACCAAGAUGGGGAGGAUACAACUGUUAUAAAUUACCUGAGCUUCAUAGGUGUACGAGUUAACACUACGAACAUGAAUGAAUUCAAGAGAGUGGCAGGCAAGAAAGGAGAGAGUCACUGACACAAGAGUUCGAUAUCAUCUUCUAAGAAGACCCCUUGUAGUCAUUACCCGCUUUAAACCUGGUUUAUUUAUAUCAGAGAUAACACAUCUGAAACUUUGGAGCCAGGACCUAGUUUCACAACACAGACCCAUCAUUGACAAUGGCGGGCGACUGUUAUAAGCUAUGAUUUGUCAGAGAAUCCCAGUAGAUAUCAAUGUUGAUAACAAGUUUAAUGAAACCGGGUCCUUAAUAUAUCUUGGGCAUGUGAUGUCAUAAUCUCAUAACACCCCUACUUCAAAGGCUAUAGGUCUGCAGAGUUGUCAGAGAUGAGCCUGCCGCACACAGGUACUGUCUUCAGCCUCUUAGAUGGUGGCGCGAUGACGUCACUGCCGAAGGUCUGUAGGCAUUCACAUCAAAGACAACGACAAAGGGAAUUUUCAUGCGGGCCCUGCCCUGGAUUUAAAGAUUCAAAAUGUAUUUUAUUCAAUCCAAGAGAAUGAUGGAGUUGGAACUUUGUUUGAUGUCCAUGGGAACAUGUCAAUGCGAUAGCUAAACCAAUAACUUUUUUAAAAAGUUCUUCCUAACUUAAUUAUUUUCAGCGACAAAUCUUUUAGGAAACUACCAUGAAUUAAUUUUUUAGAUGAAAAAUUAUCAUCUGAUCUACAUACUUUGUGCAUGAAAAUUAUGAACUACAGAUAUGUACGACUGUGAUGAAAUUUUCUGACAAUCAAAAGUUUGAUUUGACCCUAAAAAGGCUAGAGGGGGGGUGAAAUUUUCUGACAAUCAAAAGUUUGAUUUGACGCUAAGAAGGCUAGAGGAGGGGGGGGGGGGCUGCCCUACAAUUCUUGUGAUAAAUUAGAGACAAAAUUUCCGGGUGCAUGGUUUAAAAGUUAGGCAAGAGAUUUGUGGAGGUUUCCAUGUUAGACCAAAACUUGAUUUGUAAAAACAAAAUAUGGUUAUCAUAAAUGGCCUAAGGAAUUAUCAAAGCAAAUAAUUAAAUUGGCAGAUAAUACAUUCCAUCUAACCUGAAAAAAAUCUUGUAAUUUUUAUGAUGGGGUCAUGUAUAGUAAGUACAAUAUAGGCAGGUCAUUAUUCCAUUUAGUCCAAACUUCUGUAAAAUGUCAUGUCAAAAUUAAGAAUUAUCUUUUUUUUUUAUUGUUCGAUUUAAAAUAUCUCUAUUAAUAAGAGAUUGUCAGUAGGUAUGAAUGUAUGUACACGGUGGCAGACAUAUUGUUAUGGGCACUACAUGGGAGCUUCUUCCAUUAGAGCUUUUAAUGCAUUGUGUAAAUGUAAUAUUGUUGAUCAUACUGUAUGUGUACAUUAUUUGAAUAAAAAUGAAUUUCAAGCAAAUAA